AUGCAUCUUUCGCUGUGGAAGCCUAUAUCUCACUGUGCUGCUCUACUCUUGGACAAGAAGAGCAGAAGGAAAGAUGGGUCUGAAUCCAGUGUUGAAAUCAAGAAGAACUCUUCAAUUCUUCGGAAACUUCAAGAACACAAGCUCCGGGAGGCUCUUGAAGAAGCAUCUGAAGAUGGGUCACUCUUUAAGUCUCAAGAUAUGGAGUCUGAGACUCUUACAAACCAAGAUGAGAGUCUUGGGAGAUCAAGAUCACUAGCAAGACUCCAUGCGCAGCGGGAAUUCUUGCGUGCCACAGCGCUAGCUGCUGAACGAAUAUUCGAGAAUGAAGAUUCUAUACCUGACCUUCUCGAGGCAUUCUCCAAGUUCCUCACUAUGUAUCCAAAGUAUCAGUCUUCAGAGAAGGUUGAUCAGUUAAGGUCAGAUGAGUAUGCACAUUUGUCUCCAAAGGUAUGCCUUGAUUACUGUGGAUUUGGCCUUUUUUCUUAUCUUCAGUCUUUGCAUUAUUGGGAGUCUUCGACAUUUAGCUUAUCGGAGAUAACUGCAAAUUUGAGUAAUCAUGCUCUAUACGGUGGUGCUGAGAAGGGCACUGUGGAACAUGAUAUAAAGACUAGAAUAAUGGAUUAUUUGAAUAUCCCUGAGCAUGAGUAUGGUCUUGUUUUUACUGUGAGUAGAGGGUCGGCUUUCAAAUUACUUGCGGAAUCGUACCCCUUUCAUACCAAUAAGAAGCUGUUAACCAUGUUUGAUUACGAGAGCCAGUCUGUGAAUUGGAUGGGUCAAAGUGCCAAAGAGAAGGGUGCAAAAGUUUAUAGUGCGUGGUUUAAAUGGCCAACUCUUAAACUUUGUUCCACGGAUUUGAGAAAGCAAAUUUCUAAUAAGAAGAGGAGAAAGAAGGAUUCUGCUGUUGGUUUGUUUGUAUUUCCAGUGCAGUCAAGAGUUACUGGGGCAAAGUAUUCGUACCAGUGGAUGGCGUUGGCUCAACAGAACCAUUGGCACGUCUUGCUUGAUGCUGGUUCAUUAGGUCCUAAAGAUAUGGAUUCGCUUGGUUUGUCCUUGUUUCGUCCUGACUUCAUUAUCACAUCAUUUUACAGAGUAUUCGGGUAUGACCCUACUGGUUUUGGAUGUCUUCUUAUCAAGAAAUCAGUGAUGGGAAGCCUCCAAAAUCAGUCUGGGAGUACAGGGUCUGGAAUGGUAAAGAUUACACCUGAGUAUCCUAUGUAUUUGAGUGAUUCUGUAGAUGGUCUGGAUGGGUUGGUUGGCAUUGAAGAUGAUGAGGUUGCUGGGAAUGAUGAAAAAACCACAGAAACUCGCCCAGGAUCACAGUUGCCUGCCUUCUCUGGUGCAUUCACUUCUGCUCAGGUGAGGGAUGUAUUCGAGACUGAGAUGGAUCAUGAGAACAGUUCUGACAGAGAUGGAACAAGCACAAUAUUUGAAGAAACUGAAAGUAUUUCAGUAGGGGAAGUGAUGAAAAGCCCUGUCUUUAGCGAAGAUGAAUCAUCAGACAACUCAUUCUGGAUUGAUUUGGGUCAGAGUCCCUUGGGGUCAGACAAUGCUGGCCAAUUGAACAAGCAGAAGCUGGCAUCUCCACAACCACCUUUCUGGUUUUCUGGCAAGAAGAACAACAAGCGACUCUCUCCAAAACCAACAUCUAAGAUAUAUGGCAGUCCAAUGUAUGAUGACAAAGGGGUACACCUGGGGUCACAUGAUGACCACAAUGUGUUGUCAUUUGAUGCUGCUGUUCUAUCAGUUUCCCAGGAACUAGACCGUGUUAAGGAGGUUCCUGAAGAAGAACAAUUUUCAGAAGCAGACCUCUCUUCAAGAAACAACAAGGCAGGAUCAGAUCAUUUGCAUGCUCAUGAGAUUGAGGAAGAACCUGGAACCAGCUCUUUUUCAAACUCUGCUAUAAACAGAUCCCAAGUCAGUAAUUCAACUUCUGGUUUGCAUCAUAACCUAACCAAUGGCUCAACUGCUGCAAUUUGCUCCGAGAUGAAAGAAAGUGCUAUAAGACGAGAAACAGAAGGUGAAUUCAGGUUGUUGGGGAGAAGGGAAGGGAGUAGAUAUGGUGGUAGUAGAUUCUUUGGGUUGGAAGAGAAUGAACAUCCAAGCAGGGGAAGAAGGGUAUCAUUUAGCAUGGAGGACAAUCGCAAAGAACGUUUGAGCCAUCCUCUGGAACCAGGAGAGACAUCUGCAACCAGCCUGGAUGAUGAAGAUUACAGCACUGAUGGAGAAUAUGGCGAUGGGCAACAUUGGGAUCGAAGGGAACCUGAGGUAAUUUGCCGACAUUUGGAUCAUGUGAAUAUGUUGGGUCUCAACAAAACUACUCUCCGGCUGAGAUUUUUGAUCAACUGGCUAGUAACCUCUCUACUUCAACUCAGGUUACCCAGUUCAGAUGGAGAUGGAAGGGUAAAUCUUGUACACAUCUAUGGCCCAAAAAUAAAAUAUGAAAGGGGUGCAGCUGUAGCUUUCAAUGUCAGAGAUAGGAACCGGGGGCUUAUAAAUCCAGAAGUUGUUCAGAAGCUGGCUGAAAGAGAAGGUAUCUCUCUUGGGCUUGGUUUCCUAAGUCACAUAAAGAUUCUAGAUAGCCCAAGGCAUCAACGUGGUGCUGUGAACCUUGAAGAUACUACUCUGUGCAGACCAAUGGAAAAUGGGCAUCAUAAUGGAAAAGGUGGUUUCAUAAGGGUUGAGGUUGUCACAGCAUCUCUCGGAUUUCUGACCAACUUUGAGGAUGUCUACAAGUUGUGGGCUUUUGUUUCCAAGUUUCUUAAUCCGACCUUUAUCAGGGAGGGUGGCCUUCCAACUGUUGAAGAGGGCAUGGAGGCUUGA